AUAGGUAUCUAACUUUUAAACACAAACAUUGGAUUUAUUCAUCUUACAUUCUCGUUCGAUUAAUGUCAUUAAUCUCUAUUCGCUGUUCGGCAGUUUUUGUCAAAUAAACUUUGCUGAAUUUUGAUAUUUCAGAUGGUGAAUAAUGGAAAUUACGUAGCUAAUCCUCUAUUACAUUUACAAACAUCAAACAUAAUGACGCAUAUUUUGAAUGUUGAAUUUGUACAUACCAAAUACCUAUCAAUCUAAAAUUCUAUAAUAUUUAAGUUACAGACUACAAAAAUAAUAAUACACAAUAAUAAUUUAAAACAAAAUGUAUCCAUCUCCAUGGACUACUUCGGUCCCACCGCCUGCAGCUACCAAGCCUAUAGUUAACAGUUAUGAAAACAAUAUGCAGUCAUAUCCAUUUUAUGGUGCAAACACCAUGCAAAAUAUUCCUAUGAAUCAGUCACUUCAACCAAAUGCAAUAGAUCCUGCUAUGGUUCAAAAAUGGCAAGAAUGGAAAAGAUGGGAGGUAUGGCAACAACAAUUUCAACAGUGGCAACAACAGACUGGACAAAUUACCUCUGCAACUACACAACCAGCGCCUCCUCCAAUGCCUCCAAGUCAAUCAUUACAACCUUCACAACCCCCUCCAAUCUCAUUUCAAAAUCUACAAUAUUCUUACCAUCCACCAGGACCACCUUUACCAGUAACGAAUCAAUCUCAACAAAAUACUAUAAAUAAUGAAGUUGGAAUGAAACGAGGAUUAGAACCGGAAUUUCAAAGUGAAAAAAAAAUAAAAAUCGACAUGGGAAAUAAUAAAAAAGAAAUUGAAUUAAGUGAUGAAACUGAAGUAUUGUUUGAAGAACAGUUUAAAUCAUGGGAAGAACAAUUUCUUAAAUGGAAAGAACAAAACAAAAACCAUCCAGAUAAAGUUCAGUAUUUAGAGUAUGAAAAAAAAUGGAUAAAUUGGCGUGAUCAUUUAAAACAGAAGUGUGAAGUAUUAAAGAAAAAGAGGGAGUUAAAAUUAGUUGAAAAAAAGAAAGAAGCUAUUCAAGUGGAAGAAAAUAAAUUACAAACCCAACAGAGAUUAAGCUACAAUCCUAUGAUGCCAAAUAAUUCUAAUUUAAUAAAUGAACCACCUUUAGGACCACCACCACCUUCCUUACAGCAAUCGCAUAAUAAUCCGAUGACACAUUCAAACUCUGAAAAUCAAAUACCUGGAUUGGAUUUAGAUAGCAAUAAUGAAAAUUCAACUAAAGGAUUUCUGAAAGUAUCAAGGAUUCUUCCCCAAAAUCAAAUUAGACCAAUUCAAACCCCGGAUGACAAGCCAUUUAAUUUUCCCAAAAGUAUUAUGAACCCCUCAACAUUAAAUUCAGAUCCAGUUAAUAUGCCUCAUAACAAAAUGAAUCAACCACCUACUACUAUGUACCAAAAUGCUUCUAGUUGGUCUAAGUAUAAUAAUCCUGUGGUAUAUCAUAAUCAAAUACCACCAGAUAUUGAUAACACUUCAAUAUCUAGUUUUGGUCAAAAAACUGAUGUUGAUUCCAGGCUACCAUAUGAUGGAAAUAUGCCUAAUUCAAAUUAUAAUAGUUUACAAACUGCUUCUAAUAUGAAUUAUAGAAGACCAUUAUUGGAAGGAUCUUAUAAUAAAUCAUCAAGUGACGCUAGUACGCUGUACAAUAAGCCCCCAGAAGAUCAAUCAUAUAAUAGACAUUUUAAUACAUCAUCAAGUAGUAAUUUCCAUGGUUACAACCAAACAAAAGGAAAUGGUUCCGAUUUUAGCAAUUUCAGCAGACAACCAGAUAACCCUAACACUCCUUAUCAACAAUCAAAUCCAUGUUUGAACACAGCAUCUUCAAAGCCACCUUCUUUGUUAAGCCUGAACUUAAUUAAACCCAUUACACUAGAUAAGCCGGGAAAUUACUUGGAAACUCAGAAUGAUGCACCAGAUAGAUAUGAAAGAAACUGGAAUAUUGCCGAUGAAGAAGAUGAUCCAGAAAAUGAAUAUAUGGAAGCACAUAAAAAAUUUAGUUCAGAACCAUUUGAUAAUCAAAAUGAUGAAGAUGAACAGUUUUCAAAUAAACAACACCGAAAUAUGUAUAAUGAAAAUCAUUAUUCUAGAGAACUAUCAGGUGCAAGACAUAUUAAUGAUGAUUAUUUGCGACCUUUAAGUCAAUCAAGAGAAUCACAAAUCAUGAGAAAUACUGACAAUAAAUAUGUCCGACCAAAUUCCCAGUUUUCUAGGAAUAUUAAUCAAGGAUAUUCUCAAGAAAUGCUAACAUUAAAAAACAAUAAAGAUGAUUUCUUUAAAUAUCAAAAAAAUAUAAGAAAUAUGGAUAAAAGAUUUUCUAUGGGAACACCCCUUUUAAAUGAUAACGAUGAAGAGUUUUCUAAUGAACCUAUUAUUGAUAAAAAUAACUUUGUAUCACAAAAAAGUAAUUAUGAACUAAACAAAAGUGGACAACCUUCAAGAGAAAAUUAUGAAUCAUCUAGAGAUAGACCUCCCUCAAUAGGAAAUUAUGAAUCAUCUAGAGAUAGACCUCCCUCAGUAGGAAAUAAUGAAUCAUCUAGAGGUGGAAGACCACCUUCAAGAGAAAAUUAUGUAUCUUCUGGUGGUGAUCUGUCCUCAAGAGGAAAUUAUGAUUCAUUUAGAGGUAGGCUAUCCUCAAGAGGAAAUUAUGACUCAUUUAGAGGUGGGCCACCCUCAAGAGAAAAUCAUAACUCAUCUAGAGAGGGACCACUCUCGAGGGGAAAUUAUAACUCAUUUAGAGAUGGACCCCCCUCAAGAGGGAAUUUUGGUAAUAAUACAAGUAAAGCCAGUAUGGAAUGGGAAUGGGAUGACAACUACACAAAAAAUGAAGAACCAAUUGAAGAUCCCAUAGUUUCAAUUCCAACUACAAAGCAACUAUAUGAAGAAGCUCAGCCAAUUGAUCCAGUUAAAAUAUUUGACUAUCGUCAUUUACCUAGAUUAAAAGUAAUUCCAGGAUUAUCAAAGGAAACUGUGGUUCCUGUUAGAAUUUAUGAUUAUAAACAUGGAGGUAAACGCAUAUUACCAUGGCAAGAUAGAGGUUAUAGCAGAAGGAAUUCAAAUCAUACCAGAGAUUCAAUUGAACAAGAAGAUUCUGUCCAAGAUAGUACUGAUAAUGAUGAUUUAAAUAAAAAUAAAGAAACUUUAAUUAUGAAACCUACAGUCAGCUUAAAUGAUAUUCCAUCAGAUAAAAUAGAGCCAAAUAAUGAUAAAAAAAAGACUGCUGAAAUUAUUAAAGAAACGCCUAUUACAAUUGAUACUAUAACAAUUGUUGAUGACGAGGAUGAGAUCAAAAAAAAACCGGAGCCUGAGAUAAUUGAGAUAAUUGAUAUAUGUGCGCCAUCUCCGCCUAGAGUGUCUAAGAUCAAUGAAGUUGAAAAAUCAUCUAAUAGACAGUUAUUAACCAUUGAGACAUUAUUAUGUCCACCGGGUCGACCUAAUAGGCCUUCCAAAAUAGUUAUUAUACUAAGAGGUUUACCUGGAUCAGGAAAAUCGCAUGUGGCAAAACUAAUCAAAGAGAAAGAAGUAGCAAUGGGAGGUCAAGCCCCGAGAAUAUUGUCAUUAGAUGAUUAUUUCAUGACAGAAGUAACAAAAAUGGAAAUUGAUCCUGAAACCAAUAAAAAAGUGGAAAGAAAGGUUAUGGAAUAUGAACAUGAUUCUGCAAAUGAAAGUUUAUACCGAACAUCCUUUAUAAAAGCAUUCAAAAAAAAAAUUUUGGAAAAUUAUUUUUCGUUUUACGUUAUUGAUGCUAUUAAUAAUAAAGUGUCAUAUUAUAAAGAAAUAAUAGAGAUUUCUCGAAUGAAUGGGUUUACUGUCUAUAUAAUUGAAUUAGAAUGUGAUAUUGAUUUGUGUAUCAAACGUAAUAUUCAUAAUAGAACAGCCCAUGAUAUUAAUAGUAUAAUGAGAUCUUGGGUUAAGACACCUUCUGAUCAAAUACUGUUGGAUAUACGGUCAUUACUUCUUUCACCUUCAGAAAGCGAGAUGGAAAUGGAAGACGUCUCAGAUAUUGAAAUGGAAGUAGAUAAAGACGAAGAGGCCAUUGACAACAGAAGUUCUGAAGAAAAUAGAAAUGUUGAAUUUGAAGAAGAGGACGUCAUGAAAUUAUUGUCAUGCAAAUGGACUGAUACUAUACCACAAGAAGAAAAGAUGAAAAGAUUGGAUGGUCUAAGCAAGAAAAAACCAGAAAGCUCAAUAAAAGAAUGGCUUCAAAUACCUGAAGAUAAUUACUCCGUUAAUGAACAAGUAGUCGUAAAUGAUGGUAAAAAAAGGGUUCGCUGGGCUGAUAUGGAAGAAAGGCGAGAACAAGAAAAAAUGCGUGCUAUAGGCUUUGUUGUUGGGCAAACUGACUGGAAUCGGAUGUUAGGCCGGGAUCAAGGUGAAAGCAAGUUAACACAAACAAAAUAUAUUUGACCAUUUGAAUAUGUUAUAAUGUGCUUGACUUUUUAAACAAAAUUUAUUUUUAUUAUUUUUAAAUGUAUAUAUUUUAAUGUUAAUAAUUAAAAAAAAAAUUUAAGAACUAUCUGUAUGCCUUUGUUAAACAACUUUUAUUAGGUAAACUGAAUUCAAUAUUAUGUAUAAAAAAUAUAUUACAUGCUUAAUAUUAUAUACGUUUGAGUUGUAACAAUACUGUAAAAUAAAGAAAUCAAGAAACCAAACAAAGGAUUAAAUUUAAUCACCUUAGAACUUAACACCU